AAGCAGUAUUCAAGCAAUCUCUUUGUGAUCUCUUCUCUCCAUCACUGAUGCUUCUGAUAUUCCAUUCUUGAGAUCUUCAAUCAGAAGCUACCUAGAUCUCUCUUACACCCCACCGGUUUUUAUUUUAUCUCACAUUUUCGCCCAUACACUUAGAAGAGUCUCAAAUCUCAAUCUCUAAUCAAAACCCCUGAUUAAAUUUUAGGUUUUCACUUUUCACAACACUAAUUCGGAUCCUAGAGCAACAAUGGCUGCAGCAAGAACUUCGUUUUCUAACGAUUCAAGGUUAGUGAAGGUGCCAUUGCCGAAGUCUGUACUGCUCAAGGAUUAUCUGAUCGAUGAUCUUAGUUCGUGUUCUUCUAAUGGCUUCAGGUCGUAUCCGCGCCGGCCAUGUUGCACCAAGGUUCGUUACCUUAUUGAAAUCGAUCUUAAUAAGCAUAUUAAUCUUCGGCCAACGCAAAAAAAGUUUCUCAGAAGCAAAUCAAAAUCCUCGUUGGUGCUGCAAAAAGCUUCCGCCGCUGUGGUUAAUGUUUUCAAACACUUCCAGUUCUCCGGUUCUGGUAAGCGUGCAAAAGCUAAUUUCCUACCGAAGAAUCUGUCUCGGAAGCUAUCGAACUGGAAGAGAACUAUCGAUGGUCGUAACAAAGAGUUCAACAAAAGGUUGAAUUCGUUAGACGAACCUGUCAAAGAGAAGAAUAAGAAGAAAAACGUCCUACGUCCGCCGUCUAAAGUUUCAACCGCUGCCACCACUGCUUCGGCGGAGGUGAACACAUCCACAAGUAACAGCAACAACUCCGCCUCGUCGGAUAGCUACUUUACCACCACCUCCGUUUGUUCUACAACAAACAGUUCUUCGAAGAUCGAUGUAGCAAUAAACAACGUCGUGGAAUGUGAGCAGCACACAACGGAAAAGAAGAAUACAGCAAACGGAAUGAAAUCUGGCGUAGCAACCGCCGCCACCGAUUCUGAUGUUUUCACCGGAAAUGCAAAGAAAGAGGAGGAAAGUGAGAAGAAAGAGCAAUUUAGUCCAGUUUCAGUGAUGGAGUUUCCAUGCGAUGAUGAUGAAGAUGAGGUUACUUCACCUUUCCAACAUUCCCGCUUAUAUACGGAAGGAACCAAAAAAAAAGUCAUGAGCAAGGUUCAAAGGGUGAAGAGCCUUGCAAAUUAUAAUAAGCUAAGGCCUGUCAGAUUAGAAGAUAGGAUUACAUUAUCAGAGUCUACAACUACAAGGCCUGAUUUGUUGUUACAUGAUGAAUCAUCCAAUCAAACUAGAAAGAAAGCAACUGCAUUGUUUCAACAAUUUAAAGCAACAAUGUCUUCUAGUAAUCAAUUUGAUCAAUCCAUAAUGACUCAAAAUGUCUUGUUAGGGUUCUUUAUAGAGCGAAUUAUGGAAGGAAGUAGUGUCUCUAACUUCGCAUUACUCCAAGAAGCAAAGGAUUGGAUUAAUGGAGAUGGAUAUGCAAGAGAGAUAACAUUCGAGUCUCUUGUAAGAGACAUGGAUAAAGAAAAAGUCAAAUGGGCCAAAUAUGAUGAUGAAGUAGAAAAACGACAAGUGUGUUUGGUGUUGGAAUGCCAAGUUUUCACUUCUCUAGUUGAAGAGAUGUUACUCGAGUUUUAUAUGUAGUUCAUAUAGGAAAACAAAUAUUUUUGUGACAUGAUUUAAAUUCUCAUUGAUCAUGGUUCAUAUUGAGGUUAGUUUUUUUUUUUUUUUUUUUUUUUGCUAUAUUAAUUUGAGCAAAAUAGAGAAGAUUAAGGGGUAGCGUUUACCCUUUACAAUAAAUUAAGUUUAAAUUGGGUUAAGUGCUACUUUAUGUACAACAUUUUUAUAAUUUUUUCAAUUUAAGCGCAAAGUUGUUUAUUAGACAAAAUAUUCAAAUGCAA